AUCUUUUUCUAAAUGUAGACAUCUCAAAUGGUUAGUUUGAAGAGCACUUCUUAAACUUGUACUUAUUGAUAACGUUUGCAACACUGAAAGAUUCUUUCUCGCUUCAGAAGAAUCUUUGAUAAAUGAAGAUAUUCUGGUUUGAUUUGGGAGUUUAAAAGCUAUAACAAAACAAUUCUUAGAAACCGGUCAACACCUCUUUCUUUACUUAAGUAUAUCGUUCCUUUUCGUCAGGCUAUACCCUACUUUCCAUAUUAGGAAAAUUACUUUUCAAAUAAAAAACAUUUAACUGUCUCUAAGUAAUCUAAUUCUGUGAUUUUAAAGAUGCCCGUAGUAGGACUUACCGGACCUAUAUGCAGCGGUAAGGACACUCUGGUGGAGUUUUUGGUUAAAGAACUUGAUUUUAAACCCAUUGAUCGAGUCUAUAAAGCGGACGAAGCAAGCGACGUUGUUUACCAAGUUGACGAUGAGAUACUAGUAGGUGCCAAUGCCUUAAUAGAUUAUGUUACUCAACGCUGGCGUGGUAGAUUCGUUAUUAACGGAAUUCCUUCAACUCAACUUCUUAAUGGAAUUAUAAAACGACCCUUUUUUCUUCUUGUCUAUGUUGAUGCCCCAGUUCUUACCCGCUUUCGCCGGUACACAAGUUAUUUACAUUUAAAAAAUACCACUCUUGAGCAAUUUUGUGCCAUCCAAGAUGAAGCGGCCUUUAAAAGCAAUAAUAGUGUAAAUCGACAUAGAUCCUUGGCUCAGGUUCACAUCAAUAACGAUGCCAUUGAAAAGUCAGUUCUCUGGGAUAAACUAAGAAGUGCGGACCUAAUGAACAAUGAUAGAUUCCGUCCAUCUUGGGAUAGCUACUUCAUGCAAAUGGCUAGUUUAGCCGCGAUGAGAAGCAACUGCAUGAAACGGCGCGUGGGAUGUGUCCUUGUUCGUGAUAAUCGAAUUAUUGCUACAGGAUAUAACGGAACUCCUAGAGGUAUAAAGAAUUGUAAUGAAGGCGGAUGCCCUAGGUGUAACUCUGCUUUGUCCUGUGGUACUGGUUUGCACACCUGCUUGUGUCUUCAUGCAGAGGAAAAUGCCUUAUUGGAAGCUGGAAGAGAACGCGUUGGAUCUAACGGUAUUUUAUACUGUGACACAUGUCCAUGUCUAACCUGCUCUGUGAAAAUUGCUCAAGUUGGCAUCAGUGAGGUUGUUUAUAGCAUGUCUUAUAGUAUGGAUACCCAUAGUGCAUCAAUACUUGAAGAAGGAGGUGUCCGUCUGCGACAGUUUGUACCACCAGAAAACAACGUCUUUUGAUGUUUCCUUUAACAUGUAUAUAUUUAUAUGUGGAAAAGUAGAUACUCUUCUUAUUCUAUUUAAGAAGUCAUUUUCUUGAUUUGUGAAUUGAUCUAUCAAGCUUCAUAAGCUUUUCAUAUAUAUAGUUACCCAAAAUAAAAUAUUCCAUUUUUAUCUAAAUCUGACCAACA